AUUGUGUGUAUUCCUACAUUGAUGUGAAGUGAAUGGAAUCAGAAUAAAAGACGUGGAUUACAAGUAGAAUAAGGCAGCGAGCUGGCAGACUCGACAACAAUACUCAGCCGCAUUUUUUAUGGCUUUACGUUCUGAGUUCAAAUAUCGAGGUCGACUUUGCCUUUCAUCUUUCGGGAUCGAUAAAAUAAAUACCAGUUGAGCAGUGGAGUCGAUCUAAACGAUUAAUCCCUUCUCAAAAACUUCAGCCGUUGUGACUAUAGUGGAAAGGAUUACGAAUGUAAAUAGUUGCUAAUUAAGGAUUUUAAUUCCAACUGCAGACUCUAACAGGGGAGAGUUACCUCCCUUGUAGUAUCUGACACACAAACCAUUAUCCUGUAACUAUAAGCCUGACAUAUGUGUGUGUGUGUGGAUAUGUGAGCACAUUGUUCGGUGUCUGGCAAGUAAUUACACAAUAUAAAUAGAAAAAAAAACUGAAGACACUUGCUUAAAAGAAGAAACUGUAAGUCGAGGGCAUUUAAGGCCCACAACAGCCUUUUGAUAAAGUGUGUCUAUCUACCGAAGGCGUGAACCAUGUUACAAACUUGGAAGAGACGAUCUGUGAAAGUUUGUUUUUUCAUUCUCUGCCGGUUUCCAUUCUUAAAUGCCAUUACUUUGUUGAUGCUUCUCGGAGAAUUGGCUGUCCACGAGAGCUACCCACCAAUUAAUCCAAAAGUCAUAUACAUCCACCUGGGCUUGUUUCUGGUGUGCGGAGCUUUGAUGUCUGGGUUUUCAGGAGGAAAGUCAAUCCCUCUUGUAUACGCAGGACAACUAAUGUAUUUUGCUUAUAAUUCUUAUUCUAACAGCAAUAUGGACCGUGAUUGGUUGCGGACAUUGAUUUGUGCCCGCCAUUUUGCUUGUGCAGGAGUUUAUAUUGGACUGGCGUAUCUAUUUGACAAAAACUCAGGCAAACAACUGCAGCAAAUAUCUUACAGUGUCCUUGGGAUCUACUGCUUAACUCUUAUAGUUGCCCUCAAUAAUAAUACUGAGCUCUAUCAAGCUUUUAUCUACCAUUUCCCCGUGGCUGAUGUUUCUCAUGUUGUUAUCAACGUCCUACUUGGUCUUUGUUCUGUGUCACUGUUCUCUGGUGUGAAACAAGUCCAGUGCAAGACAUUCUUUACUUUGGCGAUAUUAAUGGCGCUUAUAUCACUGUUUAUUGACUCUCGACUCUCCUACUGGACCGAAUACAAGAAAGUUCAUUUUUGGAACCAAAUUCGUUUAAUUUGCGACCAGAUCUGUAUAACAAUAGGCUUCAUUUUAUUUGGUCUCUCAUCCUAUUAAAUAUCAGUAUUAAGGGUGGGGUGUGUGACAAGAGAGGUGUCAGCCUUGUUUUAAUUUAUAUUGAUAACAUUUUGACUAAAUUGUUCAAUUAUAUUUCUGAUAUUUAUUUUAUUGAUCUAACCCCAAGGUAGCUGAGAGGUAAAAUCAGCUCCAGCAGAAUUUGAACUCAGAAAAAGUAAAAAGGGAUUAAAUUAAACAACACAAGGCAUUUUGUUAGAUGCUCUCCUGUUUCUACCAUUUCAUUAUUCUCCACAAUAUUCCAAAUAUCUUAUAGAGGUCAGUUUAAAUUGGUAACAUAGAGGCUCAAGAGCUCCCUGUAACUCCUCUGUAUCUGACCUUCAUCUCUAACAGUCAUGGACAAACUGCAGGUCUUAACUGACCAGUGCACUUAACAAAAAAUUACCAUGAAUUUGUUUUAUUAGUAUGUCUUGCCUGAUGAAGAAUCCGGUUUCAUUGUGGCUUUCUUCUUGAUAAAGGUUGCUCACAUCUGAUCUAUAAGGUCAACAACAUUAAUAAGAGAGCUUCUAUAAAGUUGCUCAACCUGCUAAACGUAGCAGCUAAAUUCUUCCUCGCUUAUAAACUUCUUACCUUUCCAAAUUACAAGAAUGCCUGUUACAGGAUCUGUCUAAAAUACCUAUGACUGCUUCUUAAUUUCUUUAACUCUGUCAAUAUGAAAGAUUCUUUUAAUUUGGAGAAGAAAGUAUUUCUUUUUUAUCUUCUAAUUCAAAACUGCUGCUUUAUUUCAAUAAUUUUCCUUUGUGAUGAAUCUCUCCCUCAUAACUGCUUAACAACCUUCUAAAAUAUUUGGUUAAUUACCUUGAAUAACAGAAUAUCUGUUCCUCUGUUGUUUUGUGGUCUGCUUUAUGUAAAAACAACAGAUCAAAGUGACCUCUAUAAAAUCUGUUUGUAUUGUUAUAUUUCAUAAAAAAACUUAUUUUUAACAUAUAUUUUUUAAAAAAUUACACUUUUACACUCUGGGUUUCUUUUUAAUUAUCUUUGUUGUUUGACCAAUUUUUGCAGUGAAGUUUCUUUGAAUUGUUUUUGUUUUAUUGUCAGGAGGAGAAGAGGAAAAAAAAUGGUUUAUGUUGGUGGGAUUUAAACUCAGAAUCUAUAGAAAUCAAAUUAACUUUCAGUGUUUCUACCACUCUACUGCCUUUAUAAAUAAUUGUCUUUUAAAUUUUGGCACAAGGCUAGCAAUUCUGAGGAGAGAGGGAAAGUUGAUUGCCCCCAGUAUUUUAUUUUAUUGACCUCAAAUAAAAAAAAAAAAUGAACGGUAAAGUUGACCCAGAAGGAUUUGAACUCAGAAUGUAAAGAGUCAAAAGUAAUGCCACAAAGCAUUUUUUCUGGUGCAGUAAUGACUCUGCCAGUUUGCUGCCUUUUUUUAAAUAAAGAUCGUAAUAAUAAUGCCUUUAUAAAUAAUAAUAAUAAUAAUAAUAGUGAGUCUUUCACAUUCUAUUUAAAUAUGACUGUCCUUUUUUCUGCCAAAAUAAAUCCUUCAAGGCAGUGCUCUAGCAUGGCCACAGUCC